AUGCGUCUGACUCCUGCCGCCGUCGCUGCCAUCCUGGCCUACACUGCCGUGGCUUCGCCCAUGUACGCUCGCAACGCCCCCAACUCUUGCGAGUCUUCGUACGACAGCUGCCUGGCCGCUCCCAACGCCGAUAGCGCCAAGUGCGUUUCCGACUUCACCGCCUGCGCCGGCCACGCUCCCGACCACAAGCGCCAGCAGGACCCUUGCCAGGACGCCUACAACCAGUGCGUCACGGCUCCCGACGCCAACAUGUCCACCUGCGCUGCCAACCAGGCUGCCUGCCAGAAGAAGCAGAAGCGCGAUGCCCCGGCUCCGGCUCCGGCUCCUCAGGGUGGACUUGUCGACGCUGUUGUCAACGCCGACGUUGGCCUCCUGAAUGGAAAGAGAGACGUUCCUCCUCCUCCUCCCCAGGGUGCUCCAGCUCCGGCCCCGGGUGCCAACAAGCGAGACGUUCCUCCUCCCCGGGGACCUGUCGACCCUACUCUCGCUCCCGCUCCCGCUCCGGCCAAGAGAGAUGGACCUGUCGACCCUACUCCGGCCCCGGCUCCAGCUCCGGCCAAGAGGGACGUUCCUCCUCCUCCCCCUCAGGACCCCUCCAAGCCUGCUCCUGCCCCCGGCAGACGUGAUGCCCCGGCUCCCGCUCCCGCUCCCCAGGGUGGUCUCAUCAACGCCGACUCCGACCCUGCUCCAGCCCCUGCCCCGGCCAAGAGGGACGUCCCUCCUCCUCCUGCUGGUCCUCAGGACCCCGCUCAGCCCGUUCCGGCUCCCGUCAAGCGUCAGGCUCCUGCUCCCGCUGGUCCCCAUGGUAGCCUCAUCAACGCUGAUGUCAACGCCAAUGUUGCUGUUGGCAAGCGUGACGUCCCCCCUCCUCAGGGCCCCGUUGACCCUACUCCUGCUCCCGUUCCCGCUCCGGCCAAGAGAGAUGUCCCUCCCCCUCCUCAGGGACCCGUCGACCCUUCUCCUGCUCCUGCUCCCGCCAAGCGUGAUAUCCCUCCUCCUCAGGGACCUGUCGACCCUGCGCCGACUCCCGCUCCUCAGCACUAG